UCGUCGCAAAUUAGGUCACAAUGGCAUAUUUGUUAACAUUCUCAGUUUGCCUUGCACUAUUUUUGGCUGGUAUAUCACUAUUUCGUUAUGGGAACAUACAGCGUCAGCACAUUUUGGUCACCCUAUCAGUACUGGCAGCUUGGUGCUUUUCGUUUUUGAUCGUAUUUACUAUACCGUUUGACGUGACAACGACACUUUACCGACAAUGUUUGCAAAAGCAUAAUGACACCUCCGUGCGAGUAACUAAUCUCAGCGAGAAGAACACUAAUCAACUUCACAGAGCUGAUAAUGAGGAGUGUCAGGAACCUUGGGGAAUGAUACCGCCAGAGGUAUUUCCAAACUUAUGGCGGCUCAUAUACUGGAGUUCGCAGUUUCUAACAUGGUUGAUUAUGCCAUUAAUGCAAUCGUACUUAAAAGCAGGCGAUUUUAACGUUAAAGGAAAACUAAAGUCUGCACUAAUUGAGAAUGCCAUUUAUUAUGGAUCAUAUUUGUUUAUAUGCGGCGUAUUAUUAAUUUAUAUUGCAUGCAAAGGGGUUUCGUUAGACUGGCAGAAACUUAAAGCUAUUGCAUCUUCUGCAUCCAAUACCUGGGGUUUAUUUCUGUUAAUAUUGUUGUUAGGGUAUGCACUAGUAGAAGUACCUCGAUCUUUAUGGAAUAAUGCCAAGCCAGGAUUUGCGCUGCAAUACGCCUACUUUAAAGCAGCAAAAUUGAGCUCUGAAAAGGCUGAAGCGGAAGAAAACGUCGAUGACGUUUUGGAAUCUUUACAAGGCAUAAGUCGUACCGUACCCAAUAAUCAUGAAUUGCGGCCAUGUGUCGAGACUAUAUUAAGAAAAGUACCAAUUGAAUUACAGGAACGAGCGAAUCGUAACUAUACGCGUGGCGGAAGCAAUACCGGUACAUCCACUAUUGUGCCAUCAGAAAAAGCGCUUGUGCGCGUACACAAACAAGUUAUAAAAUCCUUGCAAACAUUGCAACGCAGUGAAGCUCUGUGGGGUGUGCAGGUGACUACCGUUUUGCAUUUAGAAGAUGUGGCGCGAAAUUUGCAUUCUGCUGAACAUUAUUUUAAAACAGAGUUUCCGGAACAACGUUCACCAUUGUUUAAUGUAAUAUAUAAUCCAAAAAUACAGUGGUAUUGGGAAUGUUUGCUGAAAGCGCCCUUUCUUAAAGUGCUCUGCGUGAUAACAGCAACAAUGUCGGUUAUGGUGGUAUGGAGUGAAUUGACUUUUUUUAAUGUGAAACCAGUAUUAUCCAUUUUCGCUAAUAUUAUCAGUGAAAGCGAUAACUACGACUUCUUUACAAUAGAAGUCGUCUCGAUGAUUGUGCUGGGUUAUCUAUUUUAUUGUACUUAUUCUACAAUAUUGCGUAUACGAUUUUUAAAUUUGUAUUAUCUGGCACCACACCAUCAAACUAACGAGCAUAGUUUAAUAUUUAGUGGUAUGCUAUUGUGUAGACUAACACCACCCAUGUGCUUGAACUUUCUAGGUCUAAUUCACAUGGAUUCACACAUCAUUCGAGAACGUAUUAUGGAAACGUAUUACACUCAAAUUAUGGGUCACAUGGAUGUCUUAGGCAUAAUUUCCGACGGGUUCAAUAUAUACUUUCCAAUGUGUAUGUUAGCAUUUUGUCUAGCUACUUGGUUUAGUCUAGGGAGUCGAGCACUCAACGCCUUAGGCUUUCAGCAGUUCCUUCAAAACGAAACUAUUGCUACAGAACUUGUGCAGGAAGGAAAGGAUUUAAUUGCACGUGAAAAACGCCGCAGGCAAAGGGCUGAGGAGGCCGUGACAAGGCGGCGUGGUUUUACACGCACUGAAGAAGCCAUGGCUACAAAUGAAUACAUUUCAAAAUAUAGAAUGACCACUCCUAGUCAACAUCAAGUACCUACCAGUGUGCGCAGUCCAGCUGAUGGACUUUUACGUGAUGGUGAUAAUUUUGAUUAUGCUGCAGUUUCUUCUAGUGGUGGCAUUGUAACACGAAGUCUAUCAGAUGAAAUCAAUGAUCGUUUCGGCAUAAGCACGCAGGUGCAAAUUGGUUUUAAAGGAACAGGCGGUAAUCGUAUAACCAAUUUUGACGACUAUGACGAAGAAGAGACUCCUCGACGCAUCGAACCACCUCGUGGACUAUUUGAUGAUGUGUAACUCUUUAUCAAUUAGCAACAUUAGUUACCGAUUGUCUUACUUAAGAGUAGGACUUAGUAGUUACCAAAUUAUGCUCCCUGUUUAUAAAAUACAAUAUAUUUAUUCACAGUUUAGCUUAAGUAUAUUCUUAUGUAGAUAUAAAAAUUAAGAAGCAUUAUAA